ACCCCAUCCUAAGGGUCAGUAUUAAACGGUUAUUGUAUAAAUACUGCUUAACACUCAAAGUCCACUCAUCGACAGGCUAACACGAACAUCAUGAACUCCGUCUGUUUAGUAUUGCUUCUUGUACCUGCAGCAGUCCUGUGUUACAACUGUAAUGGACGGAGCGAUGGAAACUAUGAGAUUGGCUGUCGGUCAUACCUGAUCUGUACAGACGGCAAACCUGUCAUACAUGAUUGUCCUAGAAACCAAACCCAUUUCAUGGUCUAUGACAAUAGAACCCAACAGUGUGCUGAUCCAUCCAGUGUGAUGCAUCCCUGUGGUGUUCUGCGGGACUGUACGGGUAUUAAGGACGGUCGGUUCCCGGAUGAGGAUGAGCAUUGUCGGACCUUUUACACGUGUUCUGAAGGACAAUUCCUUGGGCACAAUUUUUGCCCAGCAGGUCUGGUAUUCGAUUCUACAAAAGGUACGUGCAACUGGAAAAAUGCUGUCGCCCCACCCUGUGGAGAUAUGGUCAAUACACCACCUUACUGUGUCAGUAAUUUCGUAGUCUACAGUGACCCAACAGCUGUCAACUUAGUCGUUAUUCAUGAGUCUUUACUUAACGCAGACGAGAUAACAGGAUUAUUAUCGGAAAGGUCAUUCAUACACACACUCACAAUGGUUGCCCUCUUUGUGCUACUUUCAGCUAUCUUCUCCACAGGUACGACGUAUGAAUGUUCCCCUAACUCUAACGAGACCGUAGAGAUAGGGUGCCGGGCAUUCUACAGUUGUGAGAACGGCCAUGGUGCACUGAUCGACUGCACCGUCAUCAACUCUCAGUAUGUCUACAACGCCGCCAUUGGACAUUGUGAUGAUCCCCUGAACGUAGCUCCACCUUGUGGUCAACAGAAAGAUUGCACCAACUUGGGAGACAGAAAAUUUGCAGACGUAGAUAACAACUGUACGAGUUACUACACAUGUUACAGAGGCACUUUCUACGGUCAUAACACUUGUUCUCCAAGUCUGGUUUUUGACGAGAGUCUACAGUCAUGCAACUGGCCCCGAAAUGUGCUGCCACCUUGCGGGUCCAAGGGAACUACGUAACUCCACAGAAUUUGUAUAAGCACCCCCAGUUACUGUCACGUUGCAUUUCAAUAUUAAGAGAUGUAACGAGAUUGUAAUAUAUACAAUAAAUGUAGAAAGCUUACAA